CGCCUGAAUAAUACGCCCCUCUCUGACAGGAUGAUAAAUGUGUUGUAGGUAUAUGAAGGUUGUCAUUCCUUCUUGUAUCAAUCGUAUACAGAGUUAUUGAUCUGAAAUUUAUCCAAAUUUGAGGAUAGGAACUGCAUUAAUUGUGUUAUUGUGUGAUUUGAAGUUAGUAAUAUUACUUAUGCCCAUGUGAGGAUACAUCAUGAAUGAAGAAGUGGAGACGAGCCUCCUUGUCAUUGUGCUCGACACCAAUCCAGCACAGAGACUGUUGCGGGAGCGCACACACAACCUGACGCAAUGCCUCGAAUCAGUAAUAGCAUUUGCAAAUUCGCACCUAAUGUUGAAGUCAGCAAACAGACUGGCCAUGCUGGCCUGCCACAGCAGAUCCACAGAAUUUCUGUUCCCACCUCCCCCUGCAGCCUUCGGCACGCAGGCAGCAAUGCUUCGACAGGUGGAUGGCCAGUAUGAAUUAUUUACCCAUGUUGAGAAAACUAUUCGGCAGAGCUUGCAGCAGCUUCUAAUGAGAGACACAAAGAGUGAGCCUGUGGGGUCAGCAUGCGAGUCCUUACUGGCCGGAGCCUUGGCCAUGGCUCUUUGCUAUAUUCACAGGUUGGAGCAGGAUUUAUCCUCAGGGCGAAACAUGAACUCUCGAAUCCUGGUUGUGACAGGAAGUGCAGACAGUGCGUCCCAGUACAUGAGCUACAUGAAUGUGUUCUUCACAGCUCAGAAACAGAAUGUGACCCUUGAUGUGUGCAGCAUGGAGCAAGACAUGAGUCUCUUGCAGCAAGGGUGUGACAUUACUGGCGGGCUGUAUCUUCGCAUUCCACAGCUUCAAGGGCUGCUACAGUACCUGCUGUGGGUGUUCCUACCUGAGCCACCAAUCAGGAAGAAGCUGGUCCUGCCACCACCAGUUAAAGUCGACUACCGAGCUGCCUGCUUCUGUCAUCGAGAGCUCAUCGAUAUUGGGUUCGUCUGUUCAGUCUGCUUGUCCAUUUUCUGCAAGUUCAGCCCAAUCUGCACAACAUGCCACACAGUAUUCAGGAGUCCAGGUCCCCUGCCCAUCAAGCCAAAGAAGAGGAAGAUCAAACUCAACUGAACUUCAUAUCUUUUUGUAUUUACACACACCAAAAUAAAGCCUUUAAUUUUAA